AUGUCUGUUCAGGUUGUAUUCCGGGUAUCAACCGGCAGUUUCCUGGACGGGGACGCCCCUGGCACAGGGGGGGCCAUCGACAUCAGCAGGAAACUAUCGCUCGUUGGCAGCAUCCCCGAGCUUGGGGCAUGGUUCCCGUUCAUCUAUCGGUACUGUGCCAAUGGGAACCGGCAGUCACCCACUACCAGGCCCCUGGUAUGGGACCUUGUACACCGCACCUGCAGUGAACCACCGGCCAAAGGGGUGGUCGAAGACCUGUUUGAGCCGACGAGCGAGAACUGCGACAGCGGAUGGGUGACCCAGGCAGGUGUGGGAGCAUUUCAGUUGCGCGUGGGACAGCCGCCAGGCAGCAAGGAGCCCCUGGUGGUGUUGGAGAACGGCUGCUGCGAUGACGAGGUGAAGGUGCAGCUGUAUGAGGCGCGGCCGGGCGACCCGGCCGUUCCGCAGGGCAAAGCCUUUGCCACGAUCUCCUCUGAGGACCUGGGCCUGCCUCCUCACGGGGAGGCCUCCUUCAGCGGGCGGCAGGAUGACUUUGGCGGCGACGGCAUUAUAUUCUACAUGAAUGGGCAGUCGCUGGAUGCCCUCGCCUUCCGAGUGGAUGUGACCGCGAAGAAGGACGGCCGGCUCAUUGCGCGCGCAUUUGUGUCAACCCCCACAGUACUGCCCUUGCAAGGGGCCAUAGCUGCAGCCCUGGUGUCACCCAACUUGGAACAGGUGGGGGUGUUUAAGGCGGGGUUCUUGGUGGUCACGUCGUUGGAGCACCCCUACAACAACCUGGGGGACCUGCAGCGAGCCAAAUGGAGCCCCACUGCCGCGUCCCUUCUGGGCACUCUGGACAUCGGGCACCGAGGGUCGGGAGCGAGCAAGGGGCGUGGCCGCAGCGUGCGCGAGAACACGGUGCUGUCAUUCCAGAAGGCAGCCACCAGCAUGGUCGACUUCAUCGAGUUUGAUGUGCACGUCACCGCGGAUGGCGAGGUGGUUGUCCACCAUGACUUUGAUGUGAAGCUGUCCAUCGGGUCCGAGGUGGUGCGCCUUGGAAUCCCGGCGCUCUCCUAUGGCCAGCUCAAAAGCAAGGAAUUCACGCAUGCGAUGGCGGCGAAUGGGAAGCACGCGAGCAUGCUGCGCGGCCAGCGCAGCCACAACGAGCGCCACCUCAAACGCAACAUGUCCUCCGCAGAGGACAUUCUGCGCUCGCAGCUGAAGCCUUCCAUCGGGUCGCCAGAGGCCGUCAUCAUCAAUGCCUCGCCCAACGAGAGCUCCUGGCUCAUCGCCGACAGGAUUGCCACGCUGCGGGAGGCGUUCCAUGACACGCCGCCCUGGCUGGGGCUCAACAUAGAGCUCAAGUAUCCGACUGACGCUGAGCUGGCCGCCAUGCCCACGCGCUGGUACUCGCGCAACUACUUCUGCGACUCCGUUCUGCGGGCGCGUUCCCUCUCAGUGGUGUUGGAGGAGGGGCACAAGCGCAAGAUCAUCUUCAGCAGCUUCGACCCCGACUGCGCAACGCUCCUCUCCCUCAAAUGCGCCAGGUACCCGGUGUUCUUUCUGACGUGCGCGGGCAGCAAGCACUAUGCCGACCCGCGCAUGAACAGCCUGGAGGCCGCCCUCAUCUUCGCCAAAUCUUCCAAGCUGCAGGGCGUGGUGGCAGAGGCGGUGCCGCAUGUGCUGAAGCGGCUGAAGGACGUGGUGGACCAGUUCCAUCGCGCGGGGCUGUUCUUCUUCACCUUCGGCGACGCCAACAACGCGAUGGAGCACUACUCCGCACAGCGCGAAGCCGGCGUCGACGCCAUCAUCCUUGAUGACACCGCCAGGCUGGCAAAGAUCACGGGCAAGAAGGUGUCGCUGUUCCACCGGCCGCUGCAGGCCCCGGCCGCGCUGGACGAGGUGGCCUACACAGCAGAGAGCCUGGCAGUCAACCAGCAGCCGGCGCUGCUGGCGCGGCUCUCGCUGGGGGGUCCCCUCUCUACCGUGAGGUCGGGGGAACUCAUGCAGCGCGCCCCCUCCAGCCCUCUCGACAUUAAGAUGAGCCGCUCCAGCUCCUGA